AUGGACGAAUCAGUAUUCUACAUCUCCCAAGGCGAUCCAGCCGACAAAUCCUCCCAAUCAUCCCUCGCCCACGCCAGUUCAAUCCAUACCUCCCACCACCACAUCUCAUUCCGUCAAGCCGACUCUCCUUCCAAUGGUGCCUAUCUUACAGGAUUCGGACCCGGUGAGAGAUUGUUCACCUGUUCUGCCACCAAAGCUUUGAUUACGGUAUAUUCCUGGGGCAAGGAGGCUCCUGAACAACGUAUCCCCAUCCCGGAGGCAUUGUCUUGUUUGACUGUGAUUGACCAUCCCCAAACUGGGAAAUUUUCAACAGUGCCGAGGUUUAGGAUUCCCUGGUUGUUGGCGGGUGGGAGUAAGACGGGGAAGAUAUAUAUUUGGGAACUUAGUUCUGGAGAUUUGGUCUGUGUGAAGGAGGGGCAUUAUCAGGGGAUUACGAAUAUUAGGUUUGAUAGAGGUGGGAGUUUUUUGGUGACGAGUGGACAGGAUGGGAGGUGUAUAGUUUGGAAUACGGCUGAUUUGGUUAAGAAAGUGAAGAGUGAGGAUGGUGGAGUGAAGCCGUUUUAUCAGAUUACGGAUAAUACAUUGCCCAUAACUGAUAUGGUUAUCAGUGGUGGUGGUAAUGAUUUGAGAUUAUAUACUUGUUCAAAAGAUAAUACUGUUCGUGUUUAUGAUAUAAUGACAAAACAAUUAUUGACGACUUUUAUAUUAUCAAAUCCAGUUGAUAGUUUAACUCUUGAUCCUGCAAAUCGGGCCAUUUAUGCCGGAUUGGAAAAUGGACAAAUUAGAUCUAUUCCAUUAUAUAACAUAAACCCAAACACGGGAGUAUUGGAAAGUAUUGGUGGGAUGAAUAAGAUAAUCACCGUUGAGAAUGAUCCAAAUUUGAAACAUACCUUUGUCCAACAUCGGUCUGAUGAGGAGGGAUCAAUGAUAUCGGUUACGAAAUUGUCAAUUUCUUUAGAUGGGACAAGUAUAAUAUCUGGUGAUUCUAAGGGAAGAGUAUUUGUAUCUGAUAUCGUUACUAAGCAAGUUAUCAAAGCUUUCACUCCCUGUCCUAACAAUUCACCAAUUUCAUAUCUUGCCGUAGCGACAAUACCUGGUGAUUCUGCAACUGGAUUGGGAGCAAAGAAUUUAGAUAAGAAACAUAGAAUGAUCCCACAAUUCAAGAGAGUGUUAGCAAGUAAUGAUCCAGUUGAUCAUCAGUUGUUUUUAGAUAUUCCUGGGGAUGUACAACAAGGAGAAGACGAUUCUUUUGAAAAUUGGUUAAAGGAGAAACAAAAUGAAGAAUUAGAAUUUAGAAAUUUGUCAGGCGUAGCUUCAACUGUGAAACAAUUGGGUGGGACAACUUCUAGUGGUGAUAAUUCCAAAGUAGUUGAUCUUGAAGAGAAGUUGAAGAAGGUGGCUGAUGCUUAUUCUGAGUUGAGAAAUAAACAUGAAUUACUUAUUAAGGAUCAUGCUAAAUUACUUGAUAGCAUUGAUUCAAAAGAGUAG